UCUGCUUUCUCCCUGUCCUCUCUCCCAGCUGCACCUCCAGAGCCCACCCAUGUCCUGCUACAACCCGUGCGUGCCAUGCCGGCCUUGUGGGCCCACCCCGCUGGCCAACAGCUGCAACGAGCCCUGUGUCAGGCAGUGCCAGGCCUCCGCUGUCGUCAUUGAGCCCUCUUCUGUGGUGGUGAUCUUGCCCGGACCCAUCCUCAGCUCCUUCCCGCAGAACACCGUUGUGGGAUCCUCCACCUCUGCUGCUGUUGGCCGCAUCCUCAGCUGUGAGGGAGUCCCCAUCAACUCUGACUGCUGUGACCUCUCCAGCAUUUCCAGCUGCUUCUAUGGCAGAAGAUGCACUCCUUGCUAG